AUGCAAUCUGAGGGCAAGGAGCAUUUAGCUACAUUAAAGGAAGAAGUACCUGGUGUAGACACAACUAAGCUGGAACAGGUUAUGUCGGCUGCAUAUGCGCUCAUCAGUCCUGAAUUACAGGAAGUCAGUUUACCAGACUUCCCGAUAGACAACCUUCAUGCUGCAGCCUUAAUUCUGAAAAACAACCCAAAUAUCCCUCCACAUACACUUCUAUACUUCUUAUAUCCAUACAAGACCUUCAUAUCCAAAGAACAUGCUAAAAACGUUGAGACAGUAUUAGAUAAUCUUUACAUAGAAACGAAACCAAAGUGGAAUAUUAGUUUACAAUGUGUAGAAGUUAAGGAAACACAGGCUUUAGUUAGUAUGGAAAUUAAUGGUGAUAAGAGCGAGUUUGCCGUGCCCUGUGGUGACCGUAGAAGUAGGAGAGAAGAAAAAGGAAUCGUAAAAACAGAGUAUCAGAGUCGACUUUUGAACGAACUACUUUUGAGUCAUAGUGCUGGUGAUUUUUGUGUUAUUGGACCAAAAGGCUGUGGUAAAAGCCUUCUAAUCAGCCAACUCGCAUCCUUAUUAGGUUAUACAAUAGAGCCUAUAGUCCUAUACCAGGAUAUGACGGCGAGAGAUUUGAUUCAACAACGUACUACAUUGGCAAAUGGCGAUACUGUGUGGAGGAACUCUGCCCUCGUUGAAGCUGCUUUGAAAGGCCGAUUAGCAGUGUUGGACGGAUUGCAUAGAAUACACGCUAGUACGCUCGCAGUUUUGCAUAGAUUAGUCCACGAUAGAGAAUUGCAGUUACACGAUGGAACUCGGCUGAUCCGUCAUGACAGAUAUGAUGAGCUCGUCGCAUCAGGAAUGUCUCCUAAACAAUUAGAAGAAAGUGGAGUCAAGAGGAUACAUCCUGCUUUUAGGAUAGUAGCACUAGCAGAGCCACCCGUACUCGGUCGUGGCCCUCACUGGCUGUCACCGGAGAUACUCAGUCUCUUCAUCUUCCACGAGAUGAGAAAUCUUAGCAAAAAUGAAGAAAUAUUUAUCAUCAAUUCCUUGUACGGAGACAUAUCACAACCUCUACAUUCCAUAAUAGAUUUAGCAGACCAACUACGAUACUCAAAUGACACAACACUAAGUAAUCUAUCAUCUUCACUAUCCACUCGACAACUCCUAAGAAUCGCGAGUAGAAUGUCGCAUUACCCAACAGAUUCACCCUACGAAACCAUUCAAAGAACAUUUUUGGCUAAAUUCCUCCCUAACUUAGCGAGGCGAGCGCUAGAUGGCGCCAGUCAAAAGAUAGGCAUCGAACAACCGCAGCGUUUCGGAAAGUUUACUGAAAAAAAAGUGAAGUGCUCAACACAAAAUGGCGUCCUCACUAUCGGUGAUACAACCACCGAGGUAUACAAAACGGACGCCCUAACAAAAGUACCAGACAUUUUGUUCUACGACGUACCACAGCACGUGAGACUAUUGGAGUGGUUAUUGCAAGACUUCCUGCUGGGAAAUCAUUUACUUCUAGUAGGGAAUCAAGGUGUGGGGAAGAAUAAAAUCGCUGAUAGAUUAUUGCAGCUCCUAAAUCGGCCAAGGGAGUAUAUUCAGCUCCACAGAGAUACCACAGUUCAGUCCUUAACCGUGCAACCGACGGUGCGAGACGGGGUUGUCAUAUACGAAGACUCACCCUUGGUGAAGGCGGUCAAGAACGGACAUAUCUUAGUGGUGGAUGAAGCGGAUAAGGCACCCACGCAUGUCACGUGCAUCUUGAAGACCUUGGUGGAGAAUGGGGAGAUGAUUUUGAGUGAUGGCAGGAGGAUUGUGCCGAAGGAUAUGAUUGAUAGCUCUGGUGGUGACGUGGCGAGUUUCAUUCCGGUACAUGAUGACUUUAGGAUGAUAGUGUUGGCUAAUAGACCAGGUUUUCCGUUUUUGGGGAACGACUUCUUUGCUUCUCUUGGGGAUCUAUUCUCGUGUCACGCGGUGGAUAAUCCGUCAAUAGAAUCGGAGUUAGAAUUACUGAGGUCGUAUGGACCAAACGUCCCCGAAGAUGUUAUGAAGAAAUUGGUGCAAGCUUUCGCCUUAUUGAGGAACAUGGCUGAUCAGGGCCAGCUGACGUAUCCUUACUCCACAAGAGAGCUGGUUAAUAUUGUCAGGCAUUUGCAGAAAUAUCCAGACGAGGACCUGGCCACGGCGAUAGGUAACGUGUUCGAUUUCGAUCGAUACAGCAAAGACAUGUCCGACACGUUAAUGGAGGUUUUACAUUCGAGCGGUCUCCCCACCGAAGGAGUGCUCGAAGGCAGAUCUAAAGAUGCCUUGAAGAAGAUUCAGCUUUCUAUCGAGAGGACUAGUGGGCAAGAUGUAUCAUCACCAAAACACGGAAAGGAAGAUCCAAAAAAUGAGCCUCACGUAGGUGGGAACACUUGGGCGGGUGGAACUGGUGGGAGGGAUACGGCUGGCUUGGGCGGCAAGGGCGGACCGUACAGGUUGGAUAAGGGGCAUGAUGUCCAUCAGUUGUCAGAUGCUGAAAAAGAUGACAUUCCGGAUCACGUGAAGGAGGCUGCGCGUGCGAUGAACAGAAAAGCAUUUGCGGAACGUCUCAAGGAGAUCAAUAUGAGUGAAUACGAUGCCAAAUUGUAUGGACAGUUCUUAAGAGCUGUUCAACCGCAGAUAAGUGCUUUAAGGGGUGUAUUGGCGGAGUUGCAAGCGAAGAAGAAAGAGAGACAGUGGAGUAGACACCAGACUAGCGGGGAAUUGGAUGAUGGCAAAAUUAUCGAAGGUAUUACAGGUGAGAAAUCAAUUUACAGGCGUAGAACUGAACAAGAACCGCCCCCGGGCUCUCCCCCGGAGAAGCCAAAGCGGUUAAGAGUGGUUCUAGAUGUCUCUGGCAGUAUGUAUAGGUUCAAUUCGUUAGACGGACGUCUCGAACGUUCGAUGGAGGCCGUAGUUCUCCUAACGGAAGCCCUGAAGGGGUACGAGACCCGAAUAAGAUAUGACAUGUUUGGGCAUUCUGGGGAGGAACACGCGCUGGAGCUGAUACGAGUGGACAGACCGCCCCAGAACGAAAAAGAAAGAUUACAGAUAAUUCGCACAAUGCAUGCGCACGCGCAGUUCUGUUGGUCGGGAGACAACACGUUGCCAGCCGCUAGUCACGCCAUCUCUACGUUGGCAAAUGAAGAUACCGAUGAAUCUAUUGUUCUUAUAUUAUCUGAUGCCAAUCUACGCAGAUAUGGCAUUCCACCAGAGAAAUUGGGAAGUAUCGUGACUUCAGAUCCCAGAGUUCAAGCUCACGUAAUCUUCAUCGGUGGUCUCGGGAAUGAGGCUGAUAUGUAA